AUGGAAGGCUCAUAUCCCAUCCACCCUGCCCAGGCAAUGCAAUCGCCAUUCUUCUACUACAACCCGGACCCUCAAGGGGAGAACACACGCCAACACGGUCACUUCACACCCCACCCAUCCGGACAGGCUACCUUCCAAGCACAGAACAUGUACUACCAGAGGCCAACGUCGGCAUGCUCUCAGAUGUCCUACCCUCAGACCGCCUACGCCAACCAGAUGCUGACUCCCGUCGCAUCUCCUCAGCCAAUGUACCAGAAGCCAACGAUCUUGAUCCAACCUCAAGACUCGCCAUACCUUCACCCCAUUGACACUGACUACUCGUUCUCGCCUGCCACACCUCCUCUUUCAUCGUGCGGUAGCAACACCAGCAGCCCUCCUUCCACAUGCGAUGUCCUCCCUACACCGCUGCACGACAUGUUCUCUGCUGAGGGUAUCGAGGGUGUAAAGCAGGGCUGCGAAGGCGAGGUCUUCUCUGAGCUCCUCUCUGCCGGUCUCGAAUGGCGUUCAGCCUCCCCACCCAUGACACCAGUGCCCCGCUCUGCCUUUGCGGAAGCCGAGAACAACUUCUGCAACCCCCGCGAUCUCACCGUCUCCGCCACUACCGAGCUUCCUAUCGUCACACUUUGCCCCGGCGACGAGGAGCACAAAGUUGUCCUCAAGGGUGAGACUGCCAAGGUAGACAGCUUCGAGCCUGCUCAGUCGUUCCACUUCACUGGACUCCCUACUUUCGAGCCCCUGUUCGAGCUUGACUGCGAGGACGACUUCACGGGCCUGGUCAACUUCUCCACCGACAACGCCCACUUUUGCGGCAGCAAGCGCCAGCGCACUGACCUAGGUGCCUUUUCUCCCGAAGAGGACUUCCUCAGCGACGAGAGCUUCACCGACUUCGAGGAGGAGCUUGUCAACGGCCUGCCCCUUACCCCUGCCACCAGCGACUUUGACAUGUCGGCCACUUCCGACAUGAAGAGGCGUACAGUCAAGAAGGCUCGUUCUGAGUUCAGCGAGACUGAGUCCGACUACCAGGGUAAGCAACAGACAUCCGGUGAUGACAACACCAUGUCUGGAGCAUCAAGCCAACAAGAAUCAGGUCAAGCCGAAAACGCUGUCGGCUCCAGCUCAGACGAACACGCCACUCCCGUCGCGCCUACCAGCCGUCGCGGUCGCAAGCAGUCGCUCACCGACGACCCUUCCAAGACCUUCGUCUGCACUCUGUGCUCGCGUCGCUUCCGCCGUCAAGAGCACCUCAAGCGCCACUACCGCUCUCUCCACACUCACGACAAGCCCUUUGAGUGCACCGACUGCGGUAAGAAGUUCUCCAGGAGCGACAACCUGUCGCAGCACCAGCGCACCCACGGCACUGGCGCUGUCAGCCUCGAGGUCAUGGGCUCCGACUUCCACCACUCGGACAUGCAGCACGGCCAACCCGGCGCGUUUGGCGCACAGGCGCCUUCCACCAUGGGCGAGAUCCUCUACAACGCCGCUGCCGAGAUCCCCACAUCAAGCUCAGACGGAUCCGAGAACGAGUCUUCCCCCAGCCAGAAGAAGCGCAAGAGGAACGAGUAA